UGGUUGGUUGGCCGGUCGGUAUCGCUCUGGUAUUGUGGUAUCUGGUAUCUGGUAUCCGCAGCCUCUCAGCGAAGAAAGCUGGUCAAAUCCAGCGCGACUUUGGGCUCAGUUCGGUUUCACACUCGAACGCGAGCAGAAGUGUCCGCGAAUCAGUCUCCCAAGCAACAGAAUCAACAAAUCAGAACCCACCAGCUGCAGCACAGAUUGUCCAGUGCUCUUCCAACAAUUAUACAAAUAUAAAUACAUUUUUUUGCGAGUGUUGUGUUGCAAGUGUGCCCAUUGAGAACCGCCGGGAAAUCAACAACGUAUCUCGAACGAUCGCCCAUUUGGAUUAACGCACGGACUUUUCUGCUCAGGCGCAGCAGAAACCACGGGGAUUCCGCGAGGAUCCUGACCGAUUCCACUUUUCAUCUAUAAUGCGGUCAGUUGGUUGGCAGUGCGCUGCGACCACAGCUAAAGGCAGCACCACGGCAGCCGGCAACGGAAACGGAAACAGCAGCGGAAGCGGAAGCGGCAGCGGUAGCGGCAGCGGCAGUGGACUCCGGCACCGAAGAGGAAGUGGCUACCAUGCGGCGAUGGCUCGUCCGCUGCUCCUGCUUCUGCCCGCCCUACUCGUCCUGCUCCUCGCCGCCCAGCUGCCCCACCUGGCGGAGGGACGCAGCACCACCAGCAGCGGCGGUCUCACGGUGAUCGACAGCGACCGCCUGCGCAUACGCACCACCUCCAGCACAGCUCCAGGGCAGCACACAAAUCCGGCACAGAUCCCCGCCAGCGCCAGUCCGCGCAAGCGCCACCGGAAGCGGAACAGCAACUGGAUCGACUAUCGCAACUUCGACGAGAACACCACCGCCCUGGAGUGGGCCAAUCCCUGCGGGGGCAACUAUCACCCCUCGGCGGGGGAUCGCUUCAAUCGCCAGCGGCCCAGGCAGAGCUUCAAUCAGCUGAAGCGCCACGCCUUUAGGGAGUACCGCAGCCUGAACAGCAGCCAGGACUCGGCCAUCGAUAUCCGCAACAUGACCAUGUGGUCGCUCCACACGCACAACUACAAGUUCCUGCCCAAGCUCAAGCCCAAUUCCACGAUUGCCCUGAAGCGCUGGUACCGCAACAUGCAAACGUACGUGGCCAGCUUCGCGUACCUGAGGCGCCAGCAGAUCCGCUGGGACCAGCGGUCCAUCACCCGCGAGUCCAGCACCGCCCGCGAGCUGCGCGAGCUGCUCCUGAGCUCGCGGCGCAUCCUCUGCGAGCUGGAGACCGCCGUCAACCAGACGCAGAGUCCGCGCCAGAAGCAGCGGCGCAGUGGUGCGGCGGUCAUAGCAGUUGGUGGCACCACCAGCACCACUACUGGCCACACCACUGGCACCACUACGGUGGCGCAGCAGCUGCCGCAGAUCUCGCGGCUCGAGAUGAACAAGCGUCUGAAGCUGCGCUCCAAGACGAGUGGCUCCGGCAUGGGCGGUGCGUCCAGUGCAUCCGCGAUGGCCGGCGAGGCGGACUCCAUCGACAUGCGCUUCGUGAAGCACCACUACUACGACUUCCUGCGCACCAUGUAUCAGCUGCUGCGGCGGGAAGGCAAGCGGGUGCGAAGUCGGCCGCGGAAGCACCACAAGAAGCACAGGAACCAGCAGCAGAGGAGCCAGAAGAAGCAGCAGCAGCAGCAGCAGCAGCAGCAGCAGCUGGAGCAACUGGAGCAACUGGAGCAGCGGUGGCGCAGCUCCACCUUGAAUGGCAAGGAGUUCAACGAGGUCUCCAAGCCCGUGGCAGGUGGGGCGGCUGGAGUGGCAGGUGUUUCCGUUGGUGGCAGCAACCAAUUUGCACGCGGCAGACGUGGAAAGCGCCAGUCGAAACGCGUGCAGCGCACGUGAAAUCGCCCCCUCACCACCCCCCUUUAACCAACCCUCACCAAGCCCAUCUCCUCAGGACACGCCCCU